AUGGAUCUAUUUGAAGCAGCACGACAAGGCAAUUUUCAACAAUUGGUUCAUUUAUUGGAAACGAAGCAAGCUUCUGUACAUGAUGUGGAUGGAGAUGGAGCAACGGCCCUUCAUUAUGCAGCAGUCUCAAGCGAGGUAUGUGCCAAGUAUCUUAUCGAUCGUGGAGCGGUGGUGAAUCAAGCGGCUGGUGAACUACAAGCAACCCCUUUACAUUGGGCAACACGACAAGGUCAACUUUGGACGGCACAUCGACUUAUUAUGGAUGGUGGUGCGGAUCCAACUCUCAAGGACGGUCAAGGUUUCAAUGCUCUUCAUCUUGCUGUGCAUUCUUCACAAGCCAUGCUGGUGUUGUACUACCUGUUUUUAGGAAGGAUUGAUAUUGAUGCAGCGGAUACGAUUGGUGGACAUACAGCAUUGAUGUGGGCUGCGUAUCAAGGCCAACCAUUGGUAUGUCAUUUGCUUCUGACAUUUGGUGCCAAUGUACAUGCUACGGAUCAUACUGGAUUGACGCCUCUGCAUUGGGCAGUCGUCAGUGCACACAAAGGAUGUAUCCGCAAAUUACUCGAAUACGAUGCUGAUCCUCAUUGUCGUGAUUCUUCUGGUAAAUCCGUCAUGGAUUUUGUUUAUGAUAAGAAACUCGAUAGUGUUUGGCAACGUGCUGUCUUGGAAUUUGAUAUUAUUGCUGAAACAAAACCUCAUUUGACUUCACGUAUUGGUUCUUAUCCUGGUUCUAAACCUCAUCAAUGGUCAAAGAAAACAAUCAAUACUAUCAUUUACUUUUUACCAUUUAUCGCUUUGGGCAUGGCACUAAAAACAUUAUCUCUUUUUUCUUGGUAUCUUGGACUUCCUUUGGCCUUUUUAUGUUUGGUUUGUAUGCAUGUUGGUAUUGUCAAAUAUUUAAUUCCAAUUCCUCAUAAUGAUGCUUUAUGGAAAACUCCUUAUUUUUCUUGUAUCUUUCAAGCAUCGGCUUUUUGGGUAUUAAUGACAUGGACUUGUAUUCUUGUACCAAGUACAGCAUAUAUGAUGUUGACACAUUUGAUUUUUAUGUCUAGUUUCUUUAUUGCCAUGUACAACUUUUAUCAAGCAGUGAUGGCAGAUCCAGGAUUUGUCAACAAUACUCCUAAUAGAGAACAACAACGACAAGAUGUGAUGGAAUUGGCUGAUGCUCAUUGUUUAGAUAUUCGACAUUUCUGUGUCACUUGUUUGAUCAAAAAACCUUUAAGAUCUAAACAUUGCAAGAUAUGUAAUCGAUGUGUAGCACGAUUUGAUCAUCACUGUCCUUGGAUUUACAAUUGUAUUGGUGUCAAGAAUCAUCGUGCUUUUAUGGUGUUUCUAUUGAAUAUGGUGAUUGCUAUUAUCUCAUUUACUUUUCUAUCUCUUCAAUACUUUUCCAGUUUGUCACCGACAUAUGAACGUGGGAUGGAUGGUACAUGUUUUUUAGGAUCAACAGUAUGUGGUUAUUUCCAAUUUGAUACAUGGACAUUGUCAUUAACAGUAUGGAUUCUAAUUCAAUUAUCAUGGUCAGUCUUCUUACUUGGUGUACAACUCUACCAAAUUGCAGUGGCAACUACAACCAAUGAAAGUGCUAAUGCUCAUCGAUAUUCCUAUAUGAAUCAAGGUGGGAUCAUGACAGCAGCAAGUACAGGUGGUACAAUAGCAGGUUCUGAUGGACCUCAAGUUCAACCCAUCAUUCCAAAUAAUAAUCGUCAUGGUCAUGGUGUGGCUGGAUUUUUACCUUGUUUACAAUUAUUUGCUGGGGCAAGAGCUUUACAUCGAACAAGACAAGCCAAUCGUGGACAACAACAAAGAGGUGGUAAUCCUUUUGAUCAUGGAUGUUUGAAUAAUUGUAUGGAAUUUUGGACUGAAGAAGCAAAUAAUAACAAAAAAUCUCAUGAUAUCAAUUGGUAUAAUGUUUAUAAUUUACAAGAUAUUAUGAAUCAAAGAACUUCUGAUCAUCAUCAUCAACAACAAUCCGUAGUGUAG